AUGAUGUCGUUCAUAAAGCAGCAGCCCCACUACGCGAUGAACGGGCUCCCGCUGCCCGGGGCUGCGGGGAUGGAGCUGGUGCACACGGCCGUGGCCUACCCGGCCACUCCGAGAAAGCAGCGUAGAGAGCGGACCACCUUCACCCGCACCCAGCUGGACAUUCUGGAGGCUCUGUUCACGAAGACGCGCUACCCAGACAUCUUCAUGAGGGAGGAGGUGGCGCUCAAAAUCAACCUGCCUGAGUCCAGAGUACAGGUGUGGUUCAAGAACCGCCGUGCCAAAUGCCGCCAACAGCAGCAGCAGACCAGUGGCCAGCCCAAGCCCCGCCCCCCCAAGAAGAAGUCUUCUCCGCCACCGGAGCUGCCCUCUGAUCCUGGCUCAGGUUCGUCCGUGGCCCCGCCCCCAGCCCCACCUGUGGUGGCCCCCAGCUCUAGUGCCGCCGUUGCCACGGCACCUGUGUCUGUUUGGAGCCCCACCUCCUUGUCACCGCUCCCAGACCCCCUGUGUGGCACAGGAACCCCCUGCAUGCAGCGUCCUGCACCCUACCCAAUGAGCUACGGCCAGCCAUCAUCCUCCUAUGGCCAGGGCUAUGGCUCGUCACCGUAUUUCGGCGGCCUCGACUGCAGCCCCUACCUGUCCCCCAUGACCUCGCAGUUGUCUGCCAGCGGGGGUGCCCUGUCGCCCCUGGCUGUGCCCUCCAUGGGAGGCUCCCUGAGCCAGUCGCCCUCGCUCUCCUCACAGGGCUAUGGUGCUUCCUCGCUGGGCUUCAGCUCCGUCGACUGCCUGGACUACAAGGACCAGCAGGCUUGGAAGCUCAACUUCAGCACCGUGGACUGCCUCGACCACAAGUUCCAGGUGCUGUAG